GUAGCGAGCUAACUGGAACGUUAUAGAGAUGAGACAUUCAGAUUGUUGCGGUAUUUUUUAAUGGAGCAACCCUCAUUUGUCGUAAAUUACAGACGGGCUAAACAAACACCGGAGUAAACUGCGUAGUAAUAAAACCGAAUCACCUGGAUAUUGACGCUUCCUGAGGCAAUGGCAGCGUCCUCGUCAUCCUCCUCUGCGGGAGGUGUAAGCGGCAGCUCGGUAACAGGCUCUGGAUUCAGCGCUUCAGAGCUCAUCCCUCCGAGAAAGGUUCUCUACACUUAUCCUAAAGGCGCAGGAGAAAUGAUGGAAGAUGGUUCUGACAGAUUUUUAUGCGAGUCUGUGUUCAGCUACCAAGUUGCCUCCACGCUAAAACAGGUGAAACAAGAUCAACAAGCAUCUAGAAUGGAGAAACUUGCGAGCCUUGUGGAGGAGCUAGAAGCAGACGAGUGGCGGUACAAACCAAUAGAGCAGCUUCUGGGAUUCACACCGUCCUAAAUAAAGACAUUCAAAUGUCUUUCGGGGGGGGGAAAUUUUGCCAAAAGGAAAUGUUUUAUUCAAUCUCAUAGGUGAUAUUUCUUUCUGUAAGCGUUUACACUAACAUAAAACUUAAAGGUAUUUUAAAAUAAUGAACCUAAAAGGUUUUGUUAUUUUAUAUUUUUUUUUUACCAUUUUGUGUUUGCUUUUUGUUGCAAUAAUUUCCUUCAACUAUAAAGUCUUAUAACUACAAAUUUGUAACAGCAAUUAAUAGUCAUAAUAAUAGAUUUUUCAUCUCCUUUAGACAAAUAAAGCUGAUUCUUGAGAUGUUA